CAUGCAUGAAGUAUCCACUCACCCCUCCCACUGCUCCACAGCAAUUCAUUUAGAAACUUAGUGCCUAAGGAAAUUAAUCUCUCUCUUUCCUCCCCCGCUUCCUCCCUCCCUCCCUCCCUCCCUCUCUCUCCUCGUAUCAGCUCAUUCAACCCAGCCUCAGAAAAUGAAAAUAUAAAAGCCACCACAGAAGAAAGGAAAUAAAUUCCCUCCUUUUCCUUUCUUUCUCCUUCUCUCUCUCUCUGUCAUUGCUUUCUUCUCUCUGCAACCCCUUGUGGAUGUGAUUCUCCACCAUCUUAUAAACCCCAUCAACCUUUUGCCCAAAAAAAAAAGGAAGCAAAGCCAAAAAUAAACCCUCCAUCCAACCAUGGUUUUUCCAUCUGUUCCUGUCUACCUAGAUCCGCCUAAUUGGAACCAGCAGCAAGCGUUUCAUCAACCUGGGAGCAGCAGAGGUGGCGUCAGUGGCGAGGCUCCCCAGCUCCCCACGGGUGCGGUCGCACCGCGCCCGGAGGGCCCGAUGGCAGGCUCGAUCAGGCCUGGAUCGAUGGCGGAGCGUGCCCGCCUCGCCAAGAUCCCCCAGCCGGAGCCGGCGCUCAAGUGCCCUCGCUGUGACUCCACCAACACCAAGUUCUGCUACUUCAACAACUACUCCUUGUCGCAGCCCCGCCACUUCUGCAAGACGUGCCGCCGCUACUGGACGCGCGGUGGGGCGCUUCGCAACGUCCCAGUUGGUGGUGGCUGCCGCCGCAACAAGCGGACCAAGUCCGCCAACAGUAGCUCCUCCAAGUCUUCAGCCGCCACCACCACCGCAGACCGCCAGGCCUGCGCCUCCUCUUCGACCUCCUCCACUGCAACAUCUGUCGGUAUGGGCGGUGCAAUCCCAUCCAACCUCCCCAUGCCGUCCCAGCUGCCGUUCAUGCCUCCCUCGUUGCACCCACUGGCAGACUACAACCACCCCAACAUCGGGUUGAGCUUUGCUGGGAUCCAACCGGUUGAUGCGGUGGACUAUCAGGUGGGGAUCAACAGCAGCUCGGGCGGUGGUGUUGGGUUGGAACAGUGGAGGCUUCCGCAGAUCCAGCAGUUCCCUUUCUUGGGAGCGUUAGAACCCACGCUGCCGCCACCGGCACCAGUUCCUGGGCUUUUCCUUUUCGACGGAGAAGGUGGCGGGGUCGGCGCCGGACCGUUCGCCGGGUCGGUCCACAUGAAGGCAACUGCCUCUGGGCUCAUCACGCAGCUGGCUUCAGUGAAGAUGGAAGACAACCAACAGGGGCUCGGUUUGCCGAGACAGUACUCAAGCGUUCCUCGAAACGAUCAAUAUUGGGGCAGCAGUAGCGGUGGAGGCAGCAGCGGUGGCAGCGGCUGGGCACCAGACCUCUCGGGUUUCAACUCUUCGUCAGCUGGCAAUCUCUUGUAGUUCUACGGUCUUCGUGGUAACCAUACACUUCACUUGGAAGCUUAAUUCUUUUUCUCAAUGGCUUCACGGAAGGAACUGCAUGCGCGCUUGACUAGAGAAAGGAAGAAGCAACGGUAGCUGAUUACUACAAAACUUUCUGAACUUGCGACGGUUUCGAGAGGUCUAAAAUGCUGGGUGACAUCCGUUCAACAAGUUGUGAAGAACUGUAGAAACGGUAGGCAGCUCUUGUCUUUGAUUUAUUUUGGAUUGGUGUUUUCCUGCGUCUUCCUUUUUUUUCCCCGUAUAUUAUACUAUGGUUCCAAAAAUGUGGUGGACAAGUUCAUGGAACUUGGUAUCUCUGACAUGCAGAGUUAGUUGUUGCAAAUGAGCACGAGCACUGUACUUCAAUUGUUCUGGAAUAGCUAAUUUCCUGUGAACUUCA